AUCUACCAAGUCCAGGAAGUUGGAAGUUUCUCGUUUAUGACAGUACGAAUCCGUUUUUAACGACACUUUUACCAAUAAAUUAGUCGAGAAGCAACGUAGCGAAAGCAAAACAAACAUAAUUUUAUUGAACUUAGACAACUCCGCCGUCUUUGUGGAUAAACUUUCUUCAAGUUAGUGACGGGGGACGCAAAGUUGCCACACAUCCUUCUCUGAAGAUGUUAGCUUCAAGUCUUCCAGCUAAUUACUGUAAUGAACUGCCCGAUGAUUCGACACAGAAGGUGGACAAAUACCUCCACCAGCUCAAGCUGUCAGAUGAGACGUUGAUGGAUUUGUCUGUAAGAUUUCGCCGCGAGAUGGACAAAGGCUUGUGCAGAGACACCAACCCCACAGCUGCUGUGAAGAUGCUGCCCACAUUUGUGCGCUCCACUCCUGAUGGAACUGAACAAGGAGAAUUCUUGGCACUUGACCUUGGUGGAUCCAACUUCAGAGUACUCCUGGUAAAAGUUAAAGCUGGGGGUGAGCGAAAGGUGGAGAUGGAAGAUCAGAUUUAUGACAUUCCUGGACACGUCAUGAGAGGCAGCGGGUCCGAGUUUUUUGACCACAUAGCAGACUGUCUGGCUAAUUUUCUGGAGAAGAUGGGAAUAAAGGAUAAAAAGCUUCCUUUGGGCUUCACCUUCUCUUUUCCCUGUCAACAAACUAAACUGGAUGAGGGUGUUUUGGUGUCUUGCACUAAAGGCUUCAAGUUAACUGGAGUAGAAGGAAAGGAUGUGGUCAGCCUCCUGAGGAAAUCUAUAAAGAAGCGAGGGGACUUUGACACUGACAUCAUGGCAGUGAUCAAUGACACAGUUGGAACCAUGAUGACCUGUGGCUAUGAUGAUCUUCUCUGUGAAGUUGGUCUAAUUGUGGGAACGGGGACCAAUGCCUGCUACAUGGAGCAGAUGAGGAACAUUGAUGUGCUGGAUGGAGAUGAGGGACGCAUGUGUGUUAACACAGAAUGGGGUGCUUUCGGCGAUGAUGGCGCCCUGGAAGACGUACGCACCCAGAUUGACCGGGAGCUGGAUGCAGGCUCUUUGAACCCAGGCAAACAGCUGUUUGAGAAGAUGAUAAGCGGGCUGUACAUGGGGGAACUGGUGCGUCUCAUUUUGGUGAAGAUGGCCAGAGCGCAGCUGUUGUUUCAGGGCAGGACUACAUCAGAGCUUCUCACCACUGGACGCUUCAGCACCAGCCACAUUUAUACCAUCGAGAACGACAGAGAAGAAGACGGUCUGGCGACUGCAGAGAAGGCGCUCCGUGGUCUGGGUCUGGACCCGUCGGCGGAGGACUGCAGAGCUACUCGGCGGGUGUGUCAGAUAGUAUCUACUCGAGCUGCACACUUGUGUGCUGCCUCUUUAGUGGCAGUGCUGCGUCAGAUCCGGGAUAACAAAGCGGCUGAAAAGUUGCGUACCACCAUCGGAGUAGAUGGCUCUGUUUACAAGAAUCACCCAAAAUUUUCCAGAAGACUCCAGAAGAUGGUGCGGCGACUGGUGCCGGAUUGUGACGUGCGUUUUUUGCAGUCACAGUGUGGCAGCGGGAAAGGUGCCGCUAUGGUAACGGCAGUAGCUUACCGUCUCGCUGCUCAGCAGGCUGAGCGUAAGCAGAUCCUCGAUUCCCUGCGUUUAAGCCGUGAACAGUUGCUGGAGGUGAAGAGGAGAAUGACAGAGGAGAUGGUGAGAGGCCUGUCGAAGCAAACUCAUGACCAGACAAGUGUCAAGAUGCUUCCCACCUUUGUCAGGUCCACCCCAGAUGGAACCGAGCAUGGAGAUUUCUUGGCUUUGGACCUUGGGGGCUCCAGCUUUCGGGUGCUCGUGGUGCAUCUGCGGAGUGGAAAUAAACAUAACGUGAAAAUGCGCCAGAAGAUCUACAGCAUCCCUCAGGAGAUCAUGCAAGGCUCUGGGGAAGAGCUGUUCAAUCAUAUUGUGGACUGCAUUACGGACUUCCUGGAGUACAUGGGUGUGAGAGGGGCGUCCUUGCCUCUGGGAUUUACAUUCUCUUUCCCCUGUCAUCAAAGCAAACUGGAAGAGGGGAUUCUCCUCAAGUGGACAAAAGGUUUCAAAGCCAGUGGCUGCGAGGGGAGAGACGUCGUUACCUUACUUAAAGAGGCUGUUCACCGCAAACAGGAAUUUGACCUCAACUUUGUGGCAGUAGUAAAUGACACAGUGGGGACUAUGAUGACCUGCGGCUAUGAGGACCCCAAAUGUGAGGUGGGACUUAUCGUAGGAACUGGGACCAAUGCCUGCUACAUGGAGGAAAUGAACAAUAUUGAAAUGGUGGAAGGCAAUGACGGCCGUAUGUGUGUUAAUGUGGAGUGGGGAGCAUUUGGUGAAAACGGUGAACUGGACGACUUUUGCACCCAGUUUGAUCACGCUGUUGAUGAAUGCUCUAACUUCCCUGGGAAACAGAGGUAUGAGAAGAUGAUUAGUGGCAUGUACCUUGGAGAGAUAGUGAGGAAUGUACUCAUGGAUUUCACAGCUAAGGGUCUGCUGUUCAGAGGCAAACUGUCUGAGCGUCUGAAGACCCGGGGCAUCUUUGAGACCAAGUUCCUGUCCCAGAUUGAAAGUGACCGCUUGGCCAUGCGGCAGGUGCGCUCGAUCCUGCAGCACCUGGGCCUCACCGGCUCCACCUGCGACGACAGCGUUCUGGUGAAGGAGGUGUGCGGUGUCGUCGCGCGCCGUGCAGCUCAACUCUGUGGUGCUGGUUUAGCUGCCGUGGUUGACAAGAUGCGCCAAAACCGCAACCUGAAUCAACUCACAGUCACAGUGGGAGUGGACGGCACCCUUUAUAAAACACACCCUCAUUUCUCCAGCGUCAUGCAAGAAACGCUGCAGGAUUUGGCUCCACAGUGUCAGGUGACUUUCCUGAAGUCGGAGGAUGGAAGUGGGAAGGGAGCGGCACUGAUCACAGCUGUGGCCUGUCGGAUGAAGAACGGAGGGCAGCAGUGAAUCCCAAAAACACAAGCAGAGUUACUGUGAUGAUUUUUUUAUUUUUUUUUUUUUAGGUUUUUCUCACCAUAAAUGCUACAUUCACUGAUCUGAGGUUAACUUUCCAAUCCUGAAAAUGAUGAACUGACUUAUUUUGUGUGUAUUCACGUCUAUGUGGAUGUGUUUUUAGUGUCUGUAAUUUAUGACACAAAGACGUGGGUAUGGUAAAUGAAGUUGAGAAAUUAUGCAGCUGGUGUGGUGCAGAAGCUGCAUCUCCUAUGAAAUUGGCUGCUACGAGCGUUGGGGCACUUUUCCAUUGAAACACUCCAUUUUAUUUUUUGUUCAAACCCACGUCUUUCUGUUUAUUAAAAAGCCAGGAUUCACGCCAACUUUCUGCACAUUAUCAGUCAUUACAGUAAUUGACUUAUUCAAAACACAAACUAUAACAUGUAAAUCAUAAAAGCAUCCUUUAAAAUGGAAAGUUUUUAGAAUAAUCUAUCCUGUUUUCCUGUGUUUUCUGUAAAUAAAGAAGGAAAACCUUCCUAAAAAUUUGCUAAAAAAGAAGAAUGGUUUGAAUUUAAGUGGAACCAAAGCUAACUGCUGUAAUGAGGGCUGGGAUAAAAAGCCCAAUUUUGCAUACUAUGUAGUCAAAUGACUACUUUGAGCUUUUUUGGAUGCUAUGAGGAUAAAAAGAGAUUUACCAAUUAAACCCAAUGAACUCUGAAGACUGAGAAAUCAAAGAGGUCCUUAGUUGCUAGCAUGAAGGGAAAAUAAAUUAAACCAUGAUAAUCUGAGAGUAAGGGGCUGAGAUAAGAAGCACACAUGGGGCAUAGAGGCUAAGGGAAUAACAGUUUGUUUCUUCAUGAUUGGACUUGUUGAUUUAUUUUUCUCCUCUGUUUUAAUAUAUAUUUGCAAUAUAUAUUAAAACAGAGGAAAAGUGAAUGUUAUCUGGUUGCUUUCUAAAGACUUUGAAGCAUUUUGGAGGAAAAUGUUACCAAUACAAUACUGAGUGAACAUGUUUCUGUGGCGAGGUAUUAUCAUAUGGUCAUAAUAAAUAUGUUACAAUAGA